AUGAAUACGAUCGUGCUUGACCAUCGGGGAGAGUUUCUAAGCUUCUUUCGAUGUCUCGAUAUGCUUUGCUAUGCUAUCAUAAUUCAGCAGUAUUAUCAAGAUCCUGUAAUCUUCCUCUUACUAUUUAAAAUAUUUGUGCAACUGAGUUACCUAACUCCAAAACCAUUUUUGCAAUUUUCGUCGUUUCCUCUGUUUUACCCUUUAUUGAUCAGUUUUGCCAUAUCGUUAUUCUCCCGAUUCCUCUUUAGUCUUCCUAUUCCUGGGGAAAGUUUAGAUGGGUACUUGUAUGGAGGCUCAAUUAUUAAUUUCAUUGGAGAGAAGGCUGUUUCUUCUUAUUCUUCCUUGAUUUUAUCUGACUUCUUUUUAUUUCUCCUUCAAAUAUUUAUGGCCCUAGCAUUGGUAUCUGUAAACCAAAAGGAUCUCAGGGCCUUCCUUAACCGAAAUUCAGAUGGAACAGACCGGCCACCAUUAGGGCAAGCUCCUUCUGUAGAACGCGACAGCGACCGGAAUGAACAGCAAUCUCUGGACGAUGGACAAAGACAUACACUGUUACGGAAUCAAACCGAGGUGGAACGCCAGCAGUUAUUUACUAGAUUUUCUCAAUCGAUUCGCAGUCUGCGAAACGGAAUGUCCGCUUAUCCUUUUGCAAACUCGAUUCCGUUAGCUAGGUCGAGUGCUGGUUGUUCUAUAGUUCCUACCAUCGAAAUAAAAAAGAGUGACUGGAAGCAUUUAUUUUGGAAGGUAGACCCUCUUUCAGAAUUUUCUUCCUUGAACGCCUCUCAAGGAAACGACUCAGCCCAUCUAGCCUCGUUCCCUUCUGCAAGCAACUCUUGA